AUGUGCCACAAAAGAAGCAAAUCCUCCCUAGCCCCCUUCCUAACCCCCUUCCUAGUUUCUCCCUUCUCACAGCUCCCGAGAUUCCCCAAAGCCAUCAUGACUCAAUGGAUCGGAUCCCUAACCAGCCAGAACGGCGAUUCUCUGGCUGGUGUAUUCAUGAUCAACGGUGAGCCAUGGGUAUUCGAGAAGAAUGCUCGCGGCCAACCGGCGGUUCCAUUUCAACGGGCCCCUGCAGUCGUCAAUAUUCCUUGGAAGGAGCUCGAAAGCAUCCGCCAGUCCCUGCAGAGUCGUGAACCUUUUACCGCGACUAUUAUGGGCUCUACUAUGGAGAUUGUUUGGUCUAAUGGUGUGAGAAUUACUGCCAAUGUGCCCCAUUGCGAUACUUAUGGUUACUUUUCGGGAGAGGGUGGCUGGCGGACACAGUGA